UUGAAAUGGAUCUGCUCACAAGACAUGAUGGCAGAUAGCUGACACCACCAUUUAAACUCUGUCCAGGUAACAUGCAGGCUUCUAAACGCCUGACCCUAUCAGAGGAGAGAUGAGGCACCUAGAUGUUGGUUUACCAUGAGCAGCGUCCACUACAACCACUCCCUUGCUGCCAUGAGCGGAAACGACAUGAUGGCGCACUCUCUGACUCUGGAGCAGAAGACAGCCUUUGCCUUUGUGGGGAUGCUACUGGUGUUUUUGGGGCUGCUAAUAGUAAGGUGUUUCAGGAUCCUGCUGGACCCCUACAGCAGUAUGCCCUCCUCCAACUGGGCUGAUGGCAUUGAGGGGCUGGAGAAAGGGACGUUUGAGUACGCCCUUACUUAACACAGGGACACACGCAUCAGUAGAUGUCCUGGCAAGCAAGAAGUGUCCAUGGAAAUCCAUAUGCAUAUUCACACACACACACAAACACUUGCAAACAUGAACGCACACAAGCUCCGCACAACCAUUGCACGCUGAAACGCCAUUAAGACAUUACUGUGGCAUACCAAACUCCAACAGCAAAGCCGCGUGUGUUGUUUAAUGUGUGUGAAUUGUUCAGUGUCCGUGUGCGACUACAUGUUUGUUGUAUGCGUGUGCGGAUGCGUGGUGGUCAUAUUCUCCGCCCUUCUGCCAGGGGGUGUGUAUUUCAAAUCAUCGAUUUACACAGAACUUGGCUGAAGCUCCCUUUAACCCAUACCUGCGAGAUGAAUGAAUGUCUGUAGAUAAUAAGAGAAGGAUGUUCAUGGAAACGGGUGGGAGAUUAGGAUGCAAUGGAUCUUUUAAGAUAUAGUUUGAAGACUCAGGGACAAGAUUCCUCAUGUGAACUUAGAACGGAAGAGAGAGAGUGUUUGAAACUCUGCACAGCUAAAUUGUUCUGCACAGGAAUGUAUAUGAGUGGAUACAGGGUAUUACGUCUAACUAGUGCUUUGUAGCCUAAUCAAAUCCAAUCUGUGGAUGAUCCAAAUGGAUGCUGCUGCUGCUGCUGUGUGUGUGCAGUUCAGUCCCUUUCUGUGGUGUCUUGUUCUCUGAAGUCAUGCAAUGAAAGGCAACACGACAAACUGUGAUUUACAUUAUGGUGUUACUGUUUCUAAAUGAUGCAAAAUCAACUCUCAAGAGUUUGUACUGCUGCUUUUUUUUUGAAUGAUGGUAUACUGUAUCCUGCCACAACCACAUGUAAGUGUGAAAGGAACAAAAAACAACCCCAACUGUUUACUUUGAUACGUGUGGCAGUGUUGCUCUAUGACUUGUCAAGCAUUACUUCCAUUGUUUAGCUUUCAAGCGAAAUGAGGACGAAAAAAAUUGGAAGGACUUCCUCAUUCUCAGCACUGCUAGUUUUCUGAUGACAAGGAGAAACUCUCACUGCU